ACAGCGGCUCCCGGGCGGAGUUUCGUCCGAAGGCCGCUCGUCGCAGCCGGUCUCACCCCGCGGCGGCGGGGCCGGACCUGGCAACCGGCAACCGGCAUCUGGGACCCGAUAACGGCGGCGGGGCGGGCGCGGGGCGGCGCACGGGGCGGCGGGCGCGGCGACAGCGAGAGCGGCAGCGGCGAUGGCUUUCGAGGCGCUGGCGGAGGCGGCGGAGCGGUGGUGCGCCCGCACGCCCUUCCAGCUCAUCGCCGCCGAGGAGACCGAGCGCCGCAUGGACUUCUACGCCGAACCCGGCGUCUCCUUCUACGUGCUGUGCCCGGAGCCCGCCUGCGGCGACAAUUUCCAUGUGUGGAGCGAAAGUGAGGAUUGCUUACCCUUCCUGCAGCUCGCCCAGGAUUACAUCUCCUCCUGUGGGAAAAAGACACUCCAUGAAAUACUGGAAAAAGUCUUCAAGUCCUUCAGGCCAUUACUCGGGCUUCCAGAUGUUGAUGACGAUGCAUUCGAAGAGUAUAACGCAGACGUGGAGGAAGAGGAACCCGAAGCCGAUCACCAACAGAUGGGUGUCAGUCAGCAGUGAUUGUCUGAGAUGCUGAAACAUUCAGAAGCCUUUGGUGCCAGGUGGGCUCAGGUGGUCCCACGCUAGCUUGUUCCGAUGAGCACAUCACAUGGGGAUAGCUGGCUCCCAGGAUCAAAGUUUUACAAAACAGUUCAAACAAGCAAACAAAUAAAAUUCAAUAGUAGUAACCUGUGAUCAGCUUUGCCAAGAAGUGACCUGACUUUCGCUCCUGCUUCAGUGGGUUUGCUAUGGAGUUGUCUUGGUUGCACCCUGCCAUUACCAGCCUAGAAGUAGUUUUGUGGCUGAGUUGUCUCUUCGGUUUGUGUUGGAGAGCAGUGAACGUGGAGAGCUGAGAAUGUAGGGACGUGUGAUGGGAGUGCCAGUGCUUGGUGGC